CUGCACUACGGGACCCUCCUGGGCAGCAGAGCUUGUGCCCACAUGGCAGCAGCUGCCUGGGCCAGUGCCUUUCUCACUGCUCUGCUGAACACAGCCAAUACAUUUUCCCUGCCCCUGUGUCACGGCAAUGCCCUGGGCCAGUUCUUCUGUGAAAUCCCACAGAUCCUCAAGCUCUCCUGCUCCAAAUCCUACCUCAGGGAAAUUGGCUUCAUUGUGGUUGGUGCAUCUUUAGGUUUUGGUUGUUUUUUGUUCUUGGUUUUCUCCUAUGUGCAGAUCUUCAGGGCUGUGCUGAGGAUCCCCUCUGAGCAGGGGCGGCACAAAGCCUUUUCCACCUGCCUCCCUCACCUGGCCGUGGUGUCCCUGUUUGUCACCACUGGCACAUUUUCCUACCUGAAGCCUCCCUCUAUUUCUUCCCCAUCCCUGGAUCUGGCCCUGUCAGUUCUGUACUCGGUGGUGCCUCCAAUGGCCCCAUGUGCAUAUACAACUCCGAAUGCGUACCUCGAGUCUGUGUAG